UAUUUUAUUUAUUUCACUCCUACAAGAAAACUGCUCUGCAUUUGAGCAAAUAGACUAAUAAAAUGGCAGUGCUUAAGCUCCCAGUUGCAGUAACGUGCGGAAGAACUAGUGGUACAGAAUGUUCAGCAAGAAGAACCUUAAACAAACCCUUUUUAAUUAAGACUUCAACAUGGAACAAUUAUCUUGGAUCAAGAUCUACCAAGAGGUCUAAAUUGAACAAUGUUAUUAGAAAUUGUGGGUUAUCCAGUGAUGACCAAGCUGUUGAUUACAACUUAGAUUCUUCUAAUCUUGAAGAGAAAUUUGGCUCAACCAGAGAUCGACUCUCAAAUGAAGGAGCUAUUGCAUUGUCAGGGACAUAUAUUGAUCAAUUGCCAACUCAGGAUGUACAAACUGAACUUAUAGUGCUUUCUUUGCCUGCUAUUGCUGGACAAGCAAUUGAACCAUUGGCACAACUAAUGGAGACAGCUUAUAUUGGACGAAUGGGUGCAUUGGAGUUGGCAUCAGCUGGCAUUUCUGUAUCAAUCUUUAACAUAAUAUCAAAGGUGUUCAAUAUCCCUCUCCUGAGUGUGGCAACGUCAUUUGUGGCUGAAGACAUCUCUAAGUUUGCAGAUGAGGAUUCCACAGCUGCUGAAAGAAAGGCACUUCCGUCUGUCUCCACUGCCUUAGUUUUAUCUGCUGGGAUUGGUUUGAUUGAAGCUGCAGCAAUGUAUCUCGGUUCUGGACCAUUUCUCAGCAUCAUGGGUUUAUCAACGGAUUCAACCAUGCGCAUUCCAGCGGAGCAUUUUCUUAAACUUAGAGCGCUUGGUGCUCCAGCUGUUGUGCUUUAUCUGGCUGUGCAAGGCAUCUUCCGUGGGUUUAAGGACACAAGGACCCCUGUAAUGUGCUUAGGAUUGGGGAAUCUGUCAGCUGUACUUUUCUUUCCCGUCUUCAUGUAUACUUUUCAGCUGGGCAUCACUGGUGCCGCCAUUUCUACUGUUGCAUCUCAAUAUAUUGUGGCCAUUUUGAUGUUAUGGAAGCUUAAUGAAAAGACGGUGUUGCUGCAGCCAAACAUUAGGAACUUGCAUUUUGGUGGCUAUUUAAAAUCGGGUGGUUUCCUUCUUGGGAGAACUCUAGCUGCUGUUCUUACAGUAACUUUGAGCACAUCAAUGGCGGCUCGAUUAGGAGCAAUACCCAUGGCUGCCCAUCAGAUAUGCUUGCAAGUGUGGUUGUCUGCCUCGCUACUGGCAGAUGCCCAAGCUGCAUCUGGUCAGGCUCUCAUUGCAAGUUCUUUUGCAAGGAAGGACUAUGGCAGAGUUAAGUUGAUCACACAUGUAGCUUUAAAGUCAGGAUUAGCUACUGGAAUUUUGUUAGCCAUUAUAUUGGGUCUAUCCUUUCCAUCUUUCGCGAAGUGCUUUACAAAUGACUCUCAAGUGCUAGACAUUGUUAGAUCUGGUUUACUGUUUGUUAGUGCCAGUCAACCCCUUAAUGCUCUAGCCUAUAUUUUUGAUGGGCUACACUAUGGUGUUUCGGAUUUUCCUUAUGCAGCUAUCUCAAUGAUGAUCGUGGGUGCUCUCGCUUCAAUAUUUCUUAUUUAUGCUCCUCCUAUUAUUGGUCUUCCUGGUGUUUGGUCUGGUUUGACUAUUUUCAUGGGGUUGCGCUCAGUGGCUGGUUUCAUGAGAUUAUCAGCGAAAAAUGGUCCAUGGUGGUUCUUACAGGACUCACAAGAAAAUGAGGUUGCAUCAUCAUAGGACUGCUUUGAGAUUAGAGGCUACAGGCAUUUCAAAUGAAGUGAAAGCUUUUAGGGAAAUGGAGCUGCUAUCUAUCGAUAGGCGAGAACAGACUGCUAUUGACUGCUUCGCUUAUCUAUUCUAUUAUGGCUGGCUUGGAGACAUCAAACUGCACUACUGACCAAAAAAGUUGAUUGAAUACAUAAAUCAGCUAUGGUGUAAACUUUCUCGACUUUACCUUAUUGAGUAGAAUCAUCUGUUACUGUGCUACCCAAACCGUAGGACUUCGUUGCCUCUAUUCUUUUACAAACUUUGUAUAAAGCAACCAAUACCCUGUAAAUUUCAUUUCACAAAUAAAUGAAAGAAAAAUCUUCACAUGGUU